CCAGGGCCAAUAAAGCUUCCAUCUUCACCGUUUCGUCCCCCUCCUUUGCGUUGCUAGGGAUCAUCAUUUCUUGCGUCUAUGGUUUCACAGGAGCCUCCUCAGCUGGACCAACGACCUUAGACUAUCAGACAGGGACCGGUUUUCCAUUUACCAAUGGUCCGCUGAUGACAUCUCAGCCAAUGCUUUCCAUGCUGACCUCUAAGUAUGUUGGUCACACCGUUCCCACACGUCGCUCUCCAGUGAAGGAUGAAUCGACCAAUUCUUCAUCUACGGAACCAACUGAAAGAGAAUCGACGCAGCCCUGGAACGAAUCCCAUGUGAUAAACCCGACCAGUCUUGACCAGACAACAAACCAAUAUGGACGAUCUGCUCCCGAAGACAUCCCCGAAUACUCCGACUCAGUACCAUCGGUGUAUGCAGAUGGUAAUGAUACCCUAUCAGACUGGCUCUGGUACGACAUGGAGUGGCCUUGGUUUCUCAUCAUUCCGGCAAUCUCGGGAGUUGUAGGAAUAGUUGGUAAUCUCCUUGUCAUACUUGUGCUCUUUCAGAGGAGGUCGGCUGGUCGAUCGACCGAUACACUGAUUGGUGGACUAGCUUUGGCCGACUUUUUGACGUCCUUCUUCAUCAUUCCAAUUCCUCGGCAGCGGAGAAUUCCCUCAACAUUGCUAGGUAAUAUAUACUGCAAGCUCAUCCAUUCUUCGUAUUUCUUAUGGGUCACUGUCAUUGCUUCUACCUACAUCCUCAUGGCCAUAUCUAUCGAACGUUUAAUCGCUAUUGCCUACCCAAUUUAUUUUAAUCGGGUCCUAACUAGACGUCGUGUCCAGUCUGUCAUCGUGUUCAUCUGGCUUCUAUCAAACGUGUCUACCAUGUUUGCCUUCUUUGUGCAGCAAGUAGACCCUAUCAAACACGAAUGUGUAUUCAAACUCCCUUCCCCAGAAAGCCAGAUUAUCAUCGCGUACUACUGGUUUUUCCUUCGUAUGGUCAUCCCAAUGCUAACAAUGGUGAUCAGCCAGACGUUAAUAGCCAGAGAGCUCCAUACUCAGUCCCUCCGCUUUAAAGGUAACAAGGAAAGCUCCACAACGAAGACGGUUCAUCUGGUCGCCAGGAACCGUGUCUUGAAGAUGAUGUUUGAGGUCAUCAUCAUCUACAUCGUCUGCUGGGCACCCAAUCAGGUGGCUUACAUGUGCUACGUCUUAGGGAUCAUCCCAGUGUCGUAUAUUGGCUCCCCUCUUCACCAUACCCUGACAGUCCUAGGAUUCUGCAACUCGUGUGCCAAUCCUUUCAUCUACACUGCCCGUCAUCCUCAGUUCAGGGAAGCGCUUAAGGGUAUGCUGACUUGCACCAGAGGUGGUUCCACGCCCCUCUUCGAACAGAAGAUGGAGUCUAGCUAUACUUCCCGCAGAAGCGGUCAAACAGAACAAUCGAACCAGGACAAAGAGGUAUAGAUGAACUGGACUCAUUGGCCCGAA